AUGAACUUGAACCGACGCGGCGGGGACCCUUACGGCGGAGCCGUCGGUUACUUCAGUUUCUCCGGCAGCGCGGAUACAGCGAUUACGAUCCGCACGCUUGUCGUCAAAGAUGGUAUCGCCUACGUCCAAGCGGGCGGUGGCAUCGUCGCAGACUCUGUGCCCGAAACGGAAUAUGAGGAAACGGUCAACAAGGCGCGGGCGGGGUUAAGAGCAAUUGAACUCGCACAGGCUGGAUUAGAAUCGCUGCAAGAGUACACGCGGAUGUUCAAUCUCUCCGAUGAGGAACUGAACUUAUGUAUCCUCGGUGUCGGUGAUGGUCCCGCCAGUUUUAACAGCGAGAUGAAUGCCUUGGGACAUACGGUUCUGUCAAUUGAUCCAAUCUACUCGUUUUCAAGAGCACAGAUCGAGGGGAGAAUUGAAGAGAACUACGAUACCCUUAUCUCUCAAGUGGAGCGGAAGCUCUGA